AUGGUCGACAACAUGAAGCCGUGCAGAAGAUGGGGCAAGGAUCUACACAUUCUUGACAUUGGCUGCGGCACUGGUCAGUACGCUAAGGAGAUGCUGGACCUCGGAGUCGGCAGAAUGUCGCUGAUUGAUGCCUCACCCGAUAUGCUGAACGCGGCAAAGCGUAAACUGGCCAAUGAAAAUGAACAAGGACGUGUACAGUGUUUGAGAACCAUCAAGGCACCUCCAUUGCCAUUCAACAGCGAUUGUUUUGAUGUGAUUCUUCUGAAUGCGGUUCUACACCAUCUUGACAUUGUACGUGAUAAAACAUUCCCAAACGCAGUCAAGAUGUUAGAGGAAGCCAACAGAGUACUGACUAAAAAUGGUACUCUUGUCGUUACGACUUCAUUGUGCACCACUGUUUCCCGUUACUGGUUCUGUAGAUUGUGCCCAGAAUUGUGCCAAAGGCUAAGUGAACGUUUAUCAAGUGCAAGCGAUUUUAAAAUGAUGUUUACCAAUGCGAACCUGAAAUGCGUUCGAAACUUUACUGUCAUGGGCACUGGAUUUUUUAGCUACGAAGGAAUGGUCAAUUCUAAAGGAUAUAUAGAUCAAGCAUGGAUGAAUAGUGCAUGUUGCUUUAACUUAGCGACCGAGGAGGAGCUUACGACAAUUCAAAAUAAAGUACACACACUAUACCAAAAUGGAAAGUGGAAAGAAUGGUUAAAAGAAAACGAUUUGACCAAUGAAAAGGGCAUCGUCACAUUUUAUUUCUGCCAGUGAAUGGAUAAUGAGGGGCAUGUGCUUAAAACGGCAUUAAGUUAGGAUGGUUGAUAUUAUCAAUAAGUCGAUAUAUUGUUAUAAUGAGAAGUAAAUAUUUGUUUUAAUACCAUGAGUACACAUAGUCGAAUAUCGAUAUGUACCUGUAUUGUGUAUAUCGUACUACUGCAAAUGUAUUUUAAUAACUCUAGACAACCAGAUUCAUCAAUGGAACAAACAGUUAUUCUCCACUAGUGUACACGAGUAGAUGAUAGUACUUGCUUCAUUUUUAUUUAGCUAUGUCGCAUGAAAUACAUGCAAUAGACACAUAAUUAUCAUUGAUCUAAACAAUCGGUCGUCAAAUAUAAGUGAU